AUUGCACUGAGUUUAGUUUUAGAUCUAAGGGUCAUCACCAAGGUUAUCUGUUUGCAUGCACUUCUGUAUAAUUCAACGAUAAAAAAAAUCGUUAACAGGCCGAAGAAAUAUUUAUACCGAUCUAGAUUUAUUGUUGGUCGUUUUACCUGGUUAGGACACAUUACAAGGACAUCCUCUGAGCAUGCGUCAUUUUUAUUUAUAAAGCUUAGAACUGAAGGGAGAUAUACAAGGACACUAAGAAGAAACCUUGUUCGUGUAGAAAAUUAUGGCUGCAGAAGUAAACACGAAUAUCAUUAAAAGCGAUUCUUCAAGCACAUCACUGACAGAGACAACAGGUGAUGAUUACAAAAAGGAAUUUAUGUCGAAUGCAGAGGAACAAAAGCUAGCAGCACUUGAAGCGUUACAGAAUCGCAUCGGAGAAAAGAACGAAACACCAUUGACAGUAGCUGUAAUUGGGGCACCCGGAGUAGGAAAAUCUUCCUUCCUGAACACAAUGAUCACCAGUAUAACCGGAGAAUAUCGGGAGUGGGCCAGAACGGGGGACUCUGGUGGAACUGGGAAACCAAUCACUUAUCGUCUACAAUGGCAAUAAUUUCUUUUCUAAUACAUUUUCUUUUGAAUUCACACGGAAUUAAAUCAUGAAUGGGGAGAGAUAUACUGAAGCAAUACAAACCAUGUUCGGCAGUUUUAAAUGUUUUGUUUCUCACAUGCACUAGAUUACGUAUUUGUUAGUUACUUACGUAGGUGAGCUUUUUAUAAUUUAUCCAAAGUGAUAUACAGUACAAGGUGAUUUCACAUGUGUACUGUAGUCGCAUUUCGCUUUUGUAUUGAGUAAAUUACAAUGGGUUUUGAUUGUGUCUUUGCGGGGAUUUCAGUCUCGUUAAGGAAUUUUCAUUAUUUUUAUUAAUCGUAUGUAAUUUCUACGCCUGAUUAUCACGGAAGAAAC